AUGCUUUGGGAGAAGAACGUGCAGCAGCAGCAGCGCAAAUCAUUGGUUGCUAUGAACUUCAUCCAGACAUUUUGCAUAUUCACAAGCCUGGCCGCUGGUGUGUUAGGAAGCCCAAGAUGCGAUGAUCUCUCCUGGAAAAGCUGCCCUGACGAUUUGCUCCCAGUUGUUCUGCUUCUUCAAGAGCAUAAAGCUUACUGCAAAUACACAGAUUGUUCUAGCAAUCCGUGCCCGUCUGAUGAGGAUUGUGUUGAGACCAUCAAUGGAUUCCAUUGCCUUGCUCGAGCUAACCCUACAACCACGGACAUCGUUCCUCGGAUCGUUCCAACAACUACGAUGACGACGACGACUACGACUAUGAAAGACACAACAACCGCUCUGACAACAAAAGAUAAGCAGGACUCUGACGUCAACCAAUUCCCCAACCUGCCUCUUCCGCCCGUCUUCCUGGUUACAGACAACAUCACGAACAUUCAUGUCCUCAGCCUCUCCUCCCCUCAAUCAUCUGAGGAUCUGAACACGGACUCCGUAGGCCCGAGGGGCGUAGCGUACGAUCCAAUAGAGGGCAAGAUCUUCUACGGUUCGUCUGAGGGUGUGGAAGUGGGCACCAUAGACCCGAGUGGCGUAGCGUACGAUCCAAAAGAGGGCAAGAUCUUGUGGAGGACCUUGAACGGGUCACAGACGGGGACGGUGCCCAACUUAUCAGAAUGUUUUAAUGUUACUUCUCUUGCCAUCGAUGAGGAAGUGAGACGUUUAUUCGUGACGUGCAGGAGGACGUCUUACAUCGCUAGUGUGAACUUGAACGGUAGCCAGCCGCACCGAAUCUACCUACGAAAUGUUUACAAUGUUAUCGUGGCUGGGGAUGCUGUUAUAACGACCAACGACUCACGAAAGUUGUUACUGGCCUCGACAUGGGAUGGUGGUAUCUAUCAUAUGGAGCUAAAUGGUACUGACAAACAGCUCGUACAUGCAGUUAAAGGCAAACAUCUCACCAUCACCUGGGAUAAGGAAUGUCGGCGCAUAUUCUAUGCGUAUAGGGAUGCGGAAUUCACAAUUCAAGUGGUUGACAUAACUGGAGAAAAUCAUCGAAUCUUGAUCACCCAUGCCCGCCUCCAAAUCGAGGGACUGGCCUACUAUGACGGCUACGUGUACUGGACUAACAGUAACACAAACGUGCGGGACUACGGUACAGGAAUUGGAAAGAUAUCGUCUGAGGCCAACAAUACCCAAUAUUAUGAGUUCUACCCUCAGUCCUGGAGUGGGUAUGAGAUCAUUGCUCGUGGUGGUAAGUGA